CACAAUAGUUAGAAGUGUCCAACUUGAUUUCAGCGGUGUCUCUGCAUGGGAGGGAGCUGUGGUCUAUUUAAAGAGGGUCGUCCAGCCAGGAUGAAAUAGAAGAUCCACAGCGUUGGCUGAAUCCCCAAUGCUCCUCAUUCAGUUCUAUAUUUCUUGCAUCUCCGGCUGCUCCUUGUUCAUCAUCUCGCUUUGACAACCUGAGCCGGGGCCAGAGCUCCCCCUGAGCGGCAAUUCCGCUUAUUUUAAUUUACAGGUUUUUUUAAUUAUUAAAAUUUUUUUUUUCUAUACUAACAAUGGGUAGAGACUACUACAAGACACUGGGGAUCUCCAAAGGAGCCACAGAGGAGGACAUAAAGAAAGCUUACAAAAAACAGGCGCUGAAAUGGCAUCCUGACAAAAACAAGUCCGCGGCCGCCGAGGAGAAAUUUAAGGAAAUCGCUGAGGCUUAUGAAGUCCUAAGUGACCCGAAGAAAAGAGAGAUUUAUGAUCAGUAUGGAGAAGAAGGUCUGAAGGGAGGAAAUGGACCUGCUCCUGAUGGACAAGGUACUAACUUCACCUACACUUUUCAUGGUGACCCUCACGCCACUUUUGCCACUUUCUUCGGUGGUUCCAACCCCUUUGAGAUGUUCUUUGGCCGUAAAGCGAACGGCAGAGAUGACGAGGACAUGGAGGUGGAUGGAAACGACCCCUUUGGCUCCUUCACCAGCUUCAACCUGAACGGCUUUCCUCGGGAUGGACACAGUGGGCAGCAGCGCCGUAAACAGGACCCGCCUAUCAUCCACGAACUGAGGGUCACCCUGGAGGAGGUAUUCCAGGGCUGCACCAAGAAAAUGAAAAUCUCACACAAAAGGCUAAAUCCAGAUGGCAGGACGAUGCGGACGGAGGAUAAGAUUCUCACUAUUGAGAUCAAGCGGGGGUGGAAAGAGGGAACCAAGAUCACGUUCCCAAGGGAGGGAGACGAGUCACCCAACACCAUUCCUGCUGACAUUGUUUUUGUCAUCAAGGACAAACCCCACCCUCACUUCAGGAGGGAAGGCUCCAACAUUGUGUAUCCAGUUCGUGUGAGUUUAAGACAGUCUUUGUGCGGAUGCUCCGUCACCGUGUCCUCCAUAGAUGGGAAGAUGUCUCACAUGAAGAUCACAGAUGUCAUCAAGCCUGGCAUGAGGAAAAUCGUAGCUGGACAGGGCCUCCCCUUACCCAAAAACCCUGAGCAGAGAGGAGAUCUGGUGGUCGAGUUUGACGUGAACUUUCCAGACGCGUUGCCCGGUAACGCUAAGGACGUGCUGAAACGGCACUUACCCACCUAGGACAAGAAGACGAGGACUGAACAAGGACAGCCUGAUGGCGGUCACUACGAUUAAGAGACUUUUCCCACAAGGACAGAUCUGCACAGAUGGACCCCCCAGCUGAUGAAUGUGCGGCCUCUAUUUUUGAGCUAUUUGUUGUUUUUCUAGAUAUCGUGCAUGCUCCCAAGCUGAUUCAAGUGCAAGUGAGAGACUGCUUGAGCUCUGACUGUUAUGUGAAACUACACACUUUACGUAGGUGGCCCUUUGGUUUGAAACAGUUGCCAAAAAUCCCAGUGAUGCUGGGAAAACUUUUGUACUGAACUGAACAUUUUGAUUUUCUCCUAAAAUUCAUUAGAGACAAUCUUAAAAUUUUAAUUGUAACUUUCAUCACGUUUUAGACCAGAGGCACUCAUGCUAUUUUUGUUGCAAGUUACUUAAUUCAAUUUUAGAUAUUUGUUGACACAUUUUGGACCCUUACAUGCAAGACUUGACUUUAAAAGAAAAAUGUUUUCACCUAGAUGGUCCUGAGAAUCCUUCUCUGUGAAAUAAGCUGUGUAUUGAGUAUGACCGCUUUAGAACUUGCUGCGUAGGAGUAUUUAUAGUCUGUGUAGCAAUAUUGCAAAAAAGGCUUCUUUGCAGCCCAUGGAACUUAAAUCUGUACAUGGAAUCUAAUUAUAUGACAAAAUGGAACUUAUCUGUAAUCUAAUAUAUAUUUUGAUAGUCAAAUGUGAAAUUUCUGAUGUUGUAAAAUACACUGUUAACUUUUUCAAUGUGCAAAGAUCAAAAUUAAAUAUCUCUUGGCUGAA